CCAACAACACAUGAUAUUGCAUGUUUUUUCGAUCACUGAUUUUAAAAUGCGCUAUAUAAAUGAACUACUUUCGGAGAAACAGAGGCUUCAAUCCGCUCCACUAGUUUGGGUUUAGCACGAAAAAGCAAGAAAUAUGGCACCAUCAUCAUCUCCACUUGCUGAUGUCCAGCGACUAAAAUACAUCUUCAAGUCCAGCACCUACACUUGCACAAUGUGGUUGUGUCUACUCGUUUUCUUGUUUCUCUCCAACUUAGUUGCAUCUCAGUCAAUCAUCAAGACUCUACCUGGCUUUGCUGGCGAGCUCCCUUUCAAACUUGAAACUGGGUACAUUGGAGCGGGUGAAAUGGAUGAGGUGCAGCUAUUUUAUUACUUCAUCGAGUCCGGAAGGAGUCCUAAGGAUGACCCUCUCAUGCUUUGGCUCACCGGAGGCCCGGGUUGUUCUGGAUUUUCUGCCCUUGUAUAUGAAAUUGGUCCAUUAUCAUUCAACUAUGCAAAUUCCAGUGGGAAUAAACCACGAUUCCUUUUGAACCCCUACUCAUGGACAAAGGUUGCCAACAUAAUAUUUUUGGAUGCGCCUGUUGGUACUGGAUUCUCUUAUGCAAACAAUUCAGAAGGAUACAACACUGGUGAUACAUUAUCAGCAGCACAAACUAAUCAAUUUCUGAGGAAGUGGCUCAUGACUCACUCCACUUUCCUCUCAAAUCCACUCUAUGUUUCUGGCGAUUCUUACACAGGCAUAGUUCUUCCUAUCAUUGUUCAAGAAAUAUGGAAGGGCAACGAAAUUGGACUACAGCCACUGAUGAAUCUCAAAGGAUAUGUGUUAGGCAACCCAUUUACAGAUGUGAAAUAUGACCUGAAUUCAAGGGUAAAAUUUGCACACCAAACAGCACUUAUAUCCGAUGAGCUUUAUAAGUCAACUAAAACAAACUGCAAGGGCGAAUAUAUGCGUCCAGAUCCAAGCAAUGCAGCAUGCAUAGACGAUCUUCAAAGAGUUACUGAGUGCAUCAGCAAAGUACAACAACCCAAUAUAUUGGAACCCAAGUGUAGUGCACUCUCUCCAAAACCAACAAAAUUGUGGGGUUCGAGCUCUCUCAGCGAGAGUUACAUUGAUAUCCUCACUUCAACACCUCAAGCUCCGGGACCAUGGUGUCGGAACUAUAACUAUCUGUUCUGCUACAUUUGGGCUAAUGAUAAAACUGUGCAAACUGCUCUUCACGUCCGAGAGGGAACAAUAACAGACUGGGAGAGAUGCAAUAAGAGCUUAACUUAUGCACACGAUAUCAUAACUAGUAUUGAAUAUCAAAGAAACCUCACCAAGAAAGACCUUCGAGCUUUGGUUUACAGUGGUGAUCAUGACUUGGUUAUUCCCUAUGUGGGCACACAAGAAUGGACAUUCUCACUGGGUUUAGUAGUUGAAGAUAGUUGGAGACCUUGGUUUGUUGAUGGUCAAGUCGCAGGAUUUGUCACAAUAUAUUCAGAGAAAAAGUACAGUUUGACAUUUGCAACUGUAAAGGGUGGGGGUCACACGACACCAGAGUACAAGCCCAAGGAAACUCUUGCCAUGAUGGAAAUGUGGUUUGCUUAUUACCUUAUAUAGCACAUAAUUGUGGCUCCAAAUUAUCUAACGGCUGCCCUCUUUGAGCGAUCUCCUUUAUAUUUUGAAGUAAUUAUUAGGAGAAUUUACAAUCUGCAUGUCCAAGUGUAUGUCAAUAAUAGUGCUAUAUCGCUGCAACGUCUUGUUUGAGGUGAACCUGGUGACUGGUGAGAUAUAAUUACCCGCAUAAACUGAGUAAAAUCAUUUAUAACUUCCAUGCCACAAAGAAUGCAUCGAAGCCUAUUUAUUUGGAAAAGGUAUAUAAUAUGUUGUAUCCUGGAUACACAACUUGGCUCUUACAACACUUAAAUCCACAUUAUGUGUUGGGAAACCACAAAUCAACUCCCUACAAUCACUCUAAAAAAAAUCGGUCGGAUGCAAUGUCAAAUGCCCUAAAAGACUUUAGUGUAUUUUUCUCAUCAUUAAUUAGUUUUGAUGUGGAGUGGCACAGCUCACAAUUGACAAGUGGUAUUAGAACCAAGGUCAUGGGUUGGAGUUGAGAGAGCAUCAUCAUGAGAGAGAUUGUUGGUGGAACCACAAUUGGCUUCCUAAGAGCGAUGUUGAAUGACAUAAAAGACUUAAGUAUCUCUUCUUCAUCACCAAUUGAUUUUAAGGUGAAAUAACACAAUUCACGGUCUAACAUUAUGUAAGAGAUUGCAUAUGUGAGAUACAUCAUAUUAUUGUUUGCUCAUCUAACUUUCAAGUAGAAAACUAACUCAAUUAAAAAAAAAAAUAAAUAAAUAAAAGAGUAGCAUUUGCUAUUAAAUAUCACAUGGCAAAAUAUUCUCUUAUUAGCCCAAAUCAAUAUCAUAAAUUCAUAGAUGGGUAAUGGAGAACGGUUACCCAAAAAUCAUGAUUAAGAACGAUGACGAUAAUCGGAGCAGAGUAAUUGAGCAAGAACAGAGAAAAGAGAACCAAAUAUCGU